GACUAUGUACGGUUACAGUAGUGUGUUAGCGCUACACGUGUUUACACAUCAUGUUUUGCCCUUAUACAGAUCUUGGUCAGUCACACUAAUUAAGUAAAGGGAAAAUAAGUAUAUAACGUCGUAUAUUGUGUUAAUUUACAGGUUCUACUGGGAUUUCCUGUCAUUUUUUAAAAGUCAUUUUAUACCAGUUAUGUAUUCAGCAGAUUCGUUGGGCAGUCUCAUUUUAAGUUGUCUGGGAUAGGGGGUGUACGAGUUUAGUAAAAUAAUCUGUAGUUAGGCCAAUAAUUGAAUAAAUAAAUACACUUAUUUUCAUAAUGUUUUAAUAUACGAAUAAUGAAUGGUGCAUAUUAAGCGAAUUAAAGUCACAGACAAAAUAUGAAGAGAAAAAAACAUAUAUAUAUAUAUAUAUACAUAUAUAUAUAUUAUUAGGGGUGAACUUUGGAAUUAUUAACUAUAAAAGAAAGUUAUUAUUUUCAUUCAUCUGUUUGUUAAGGCUUCGGCUCAAGUGUAACUGCCAAAACUUUGACGUACAAGUUAUUUUAAAAAAAGGCGGUAUCUCAGUUGGUUGGAUGGAAAAAUCAUACGUUAAAAUGGAAUUCGUGGAAUAAAAAAUCAGGCCUAUAGGCGUCCGCGGAGGGAGGCACUUGUCCCCUGGAAAAUGAAAAAUGUUUCUUUAUUCAUUCAGUAUAUAUUAUGUUGCUUCAGACUCUGCUACUAUCCGGGGAAAUUAUUGUGGACGCCCACGAUAAUCCAUACCAGGCCCUGUAAACAGAAGUAUCUGAAGAUUUUAGAUCCCAUUUGGCUCCAUUUAGAAGUUGGGGAGUCCAGCAGUUUAGAAGGGGCUUUUGGGAAAUCCCCAGGUUCCCCAAUGAGUGGGGUAAAAUAUUUUACCUCUGUGCAAACCUCGAGAUUCAGACAAUUCGUUUGGUACCACUUGGAAGUUGGUGCAACCAGUAGUUUAGGAGAAGUUACGUGACACUGAAUCUUAUUAUACAGAUAUUCUGUAUGACUCAUUAUCAAAAGCUUCGUGAAGAUGUGAGAUGAAGGUGGAAAAUGGGUGACCAAGGUGUUGUGGUUAAGAUUGGCCUUGAAACAUGGUAUAUUUGAUACCAAAACGUGGUAUAACAUCAACUUUUUCAGAUGUUUUGUCCUCGAGAAAAUCUUUGGUUUACUUGUUGUGGAAAAACUGCUGUCUAGCUCAAAUGUAAUGUAAUGCUGCAACAUUAAACUUCAUGCUCGUAUACAAAAUAAUACUGCUUCGUUUCUUCAGUUUAAUUUAAAGAAGUUUUGACAAGUACAAUGAGUAGUGGUAAAGCUUUUGGAUGGGUAACUGUUGGUAAUAUUCACUUGCCGUUUAUUUUUCGCUUGUGUCAAAAAUAUGUUGCAGUUAAAAUUGUGCAACAAGAAAUGGUGAAGAAGUUUACUGGACUGUUACCACCUUACGUUUUUACGUGCACAAACAUCAAAAGUCACUAUAUUACAAAAAGAGAAGCAAAACUCUGGAAUGAAAUUAAUGGACAUCAUUGUGGUUUUCAAUUUGGAGAGGAAGAUUUUACCACUAAAGACUUGAUUGUUUCUUUGGCAGAUGUUAUCCAAUUUUACGACUUUUUAAAGUUGUGCCAAGAGAAGCUUUCCAGUUCUCCUUCCUCAGAUUAUACAUUGAAAAAAGAUUGUGGUCUGUUAAAGGUGAAUGAAACCAUCAUACCAUACGUACAGACAGAAGUAUCAAAAAUCGUACCAGCUUGCAUGUUACCUGAAAACGUAUUGCACUCUGCAACAACGGAAGGAACUCAGUGGGAUGUUGCGUACAUGAGGUUUUUAUGCCAGGUUGCAGGUUUGGAUAAAACAAAAGUGAAACUUGAUACCACCUUUGUAGCUGUAGAUAAACUAUCAACCACUAGUCCUGAGUCGGGAAUUGUUAUCGCUGAAUGGUGGCCAGAAACCAUACCUUUGGUAAGAAAACCCGCCUCUUCCCAUCAUGCUCCAAGUGACACGAACGUAACCAACAAGGUAACAGUAAUAGACUCAAAGACCACGCCUAAAACAAGGGAAGCCAUAGGGAAGACGAAACAAAUAUCUUUCAGUGAACUGUCUGAUAAUUUUAGCAUACAACGACAUACUUACCACAUAGUCCCUGGAUCAGAGGGAACCUUGCCUAGUUUAACUGCAUCUUGUAGAGUAAAGGAGGUUCUGAAAGAUGGGUUUUGUCUGAAGGAUCACUGUGGAAAACUUAUACCAAACCAUACACUCUUAUAUGGUGGAUUAACAGCAGUUCCCGCUUGUGGUUAUUUUGUGAGGCCAGCUGCUUCAGAAACUGGACAGCCCUCUACUUGUGAAAGCUUGGUCAAAUCAUCCUCAGAACAAGGAAAUGAAAACGAGAUCAGUACAGCCACAUUGACAGAAAAAAUUGAAUCCCACAUAACAGUCCAAGCCUCCUCUAAAGAAGACACUUCCUGCAGCCUUGAUGAAAGAACCGAUAGGACCUCAGAAGUGAUACGGUUAAAAACGGACGCAACUAACAAGAACUUUACUCCAACAAACAUACCUUCUACCAAUAUGCCGGUGGUUCCAAAAGGUAUUCUUACUGCAACAGAGAUGAAUACAUUGUGUUCUAACUCCAAACACCCCGUGGAACUGAUAACACCAUUACCUAUUCAAUCUCAAACCCUAAAUAUGGACAACACUCAAAAUCAAACUAGUGUUGAGAAGUGCUCGGGUGGUUAUGUGGAUUCAGAAUCCAUUAAAGAUGACUCUCUUAUACUGUCGGAGACAACAGGCUUCUUUGUUACCAACAUCGAUUACUCCAUCCGGGAAGUCAACGUUCAUGGAAAGCCUGUUCUAGCCGUGAACAUGGAUUCUUCUCCUGAACCAGUUCUGGUGACGAGUCUUACUGAAGUGGUAAACAACUUUGAGACUGGGACAGUAACUUCAUGUGAAUCUGUGUUACAGAAUGUGCUGAAGGUACAGAUGUAUCCAUGCAGUAGCCAGCAGAGACAGGUUCUGGUUACUCAUGGAGUUGAAGUGGAAACUGGUGACAAACUGGUUGAGAUUAAAGAUCUACAGAGGUACAUGCCCCAGCUGCUGUACAUGUUCAAGAAAACGGAUGCUACUCCCAAAGAUCUGGAAAGUUCUGAACAACCACCUUUAAAGAAAGCGUGUACCGAGACUGAAACAGAUUCUGUAAUAAUGUGUAGUAAUUGUUGAUAUUUACCUAAUUUUAUUUUCAUUCAUUGCUUGUGAUUUCAUCAGAGUCCGAAGUUUAUUUUCAUCCUGCUCGUUAAACAAUUAGAGUAAUUUUUUUUCUGUUUGCUUAAGUUACAACACUACCUUUAAG